AUUGGAUGGACUGGCGGAUAUUAUUUGCCGGGACGAGUGGGCAGUAGCAGUAUGUCAACUCAAAUUCUGUGAUAGCUUUACUACUUUACUUAUUCCAGUUAAUUAUUAUAGUUAACUUGCUUUCCGUGUUUCCUUGUUAUUGUUGUUGUUUUUAUUUUAAUAUGUUUCCUCACUUAUUUUAUUCCAUUAUUGUUUAACGAAACAAAUAAUAAGAAACGCUCUUGUAUAUUGGCAUAUCAAUAAAACAACAAGUUAAUAAAAAGUUUUAUAUUUUCAAUUUAAAUUGAAUUUUAUCUUAAUAUGGAAUUAGAAUUUAUCCAUAACCGCAUAGUAAUUAUUAAAAGUACCAAAUAAACAAAUAUGUAUCGGCAAGAAACAGACAUUUUACUUAAUACAUUUCUUAUAAAAAAGAAACGUUAUCGGGCGCUUCUAAAUUACGGAACAAUUAUUUAUGAACGAGAAGAAACUAACAAUUCCAAGCAAAACGAUAAGCAAAUCAUUCCUGUAAGUGAUAUACUUGCAUUUGAGCAAUCUAAUAAUUGCCCAACUGCAACUGAAGAAUGUAAUCCAUCUUAUGAACGGUCCUCGUCAUCGUCAUCAUCUGCAACCAAUCGGGAAUCAUUAUCUUCUCCAUCAGCAUGGGGGUCACAAUUGCCUUGCGAUAUUAAAUCCACUAAGGAAUACCUAACCAUACAUUAUGCCAAACGUGUAAUAAAAUCUCCUGAAGACUGCAAUCGAUGGCAGAAGCAAACUGUUGUGCUGCAAAGCACCGAUUCCAGAGUGGUCAGUAAUUGGUAUAGUGCAUUGCAGAAAAUCCUCAGUGAACAAAAUCGCUUGCGUAAUGUCUUAGUAUUUAUAAAUCCUUUUGGUGGCCAAAGACGUGGUCUUGAAACCUACGAGAAAUACUGUAAGCCAAUAUUCGAAUUGGCUAAAAUCGAUGCCAGUUGCAUUAUAUCGCAGAGAGCCAAUCAAAUUCAUGAUAUUGUUAUGACAACAAAUUUGGAUCAAUACGAUGCGAUUUGUUGUGUUGGUGGUGAUGGAACAUUUGCUGAAGUUGUUAAUGGCCUUUUAUUUCGAACUAUGAAAGAUUUGGAUCUAGAUGUGCAAAAACCGAAAUAUAUUCCAAAGCCUAAAAUACCGGUUGCUGUGAUACCCGCUGGUAGCACGGAUACGGUAGCUUUUAGUUUACAUGGGACGUGCGACGUGGCAACAGCAGCUAUACAUAUGGUACUGGGACAAAAACGAGGUUUAGAUAUUUGCAGCGUACAAAAUCCAAAUGGUUUAAUUCGAUUUUGUGCAAGUGUGAUGUCGUAUGGCUAUUUGGGGGAUAUUGCGUUACAGAGUGAAAAAUAUAGAUGGAUGGGCACUAAACGAUAUGAAUAUGCAGGAUUCAAAAGCAUCCUGAUGAACACCAGCUACCAAGCUGAAAUAAGAAUUUUAUUAUCAAAUUCAGAAGCAGAAGAUAAUAAAUCAGAUCAAGCUUUAGACCAAACAGUCGCUGGAAGUAAUCAAGAACUAGAUGAUAAGAAAUGUUUUGUUAAUUGCCAAAGGUGCUCAAGUUCAAGCUUUUUAGCUAAUGAAGUUUACAAAGUUCAUGACUCAACUCCUGAUUUGGAGGAAAAAUAUGCCACGUCUUCAAAGUACAAUUAUAAUAAAUCGACAAAUUCGGAAAAAGAAGUCCUUGAAAGAAUUGCGCCGGAGACAAAUAAUAAAAACAAUACCUGUGAUAAUCUGCCUGAAAAAUCUAAUUCCAACUUGAAUGUGGUAGAAAAACGUGAUGAAUUUUUAAAAAAUAAUUAUCAUUCCCAAAAACAAAUGACAACUCCUCCGUCAGCUCCAACAACAUUGGUGGCAGCUCCAAGUAAUCAAAUGGUUUGGAAAGCUAUCAAAGGUGGUUUCUUCAUGAUUAGUGGGGCUAAUAUAACAUGUGCAUGCUCCCGCUCUCCCAAUGGCAUGGCUAAGUUUUCUCAUCUCGGUGAUGGAUCGAUUGACUUGAUUUUAGUCCAUAAAACAAGUUUAAUAAACAACAUUCGUUUGCUCAUGAAAAUGAUCAACAAAACAGGAGACAUUCGUGACUUGCCAUUUGUAGAAGUUUAUCGUACCAAGCAAUUUUAUUUCCGGGUAAAUCCCAAUGAGGAACUCACCUGGGAUGGUUCUUCUCAUCCCAUUAAUGACGAAACACCUUCAAGAACAAGUCAAUGGAAUUGUGAUGGCGAGAUCGUUCAUGAUUUAGAAAUAUUUAUGAGCUCCCACUGUCAGUUGCUAGAUGUAUUUAUGAGAGGACCCUAUCCUUUUAAUGAGGAACUACCUGGAAAUGCAUGUUGUCCUGGCUUUUGCCAAACAUGAAGUACAUCUUAAUGACCACACAAAAUAAACAAUAAAGUGCUCAA